CCUCUUUUCUAUUUUGCCUGUUCUCAAAUUAUGAGAAAAGAAAGGAGGAGAAUGAAGAUAGAAGUAGAAGAGGAUAGAGUAAAGGUGCUGACUGCUGAUCGUGCUGGCUGCGCCUUUCUGGUCAAGGAAUCCGAAAUAUUUAAAGGGAUAGAAAGUGAAGAUCCUCUAAUUGGUGCCGUCAAUCCAAAGAAAGGCAUUGAUACAGAGGAAAAACAGUUAUAUACUACGGAGUUUUGCCGAUAAAUCAAGUCCCAUGGGCUAUAAUAACGUGGGGAGUGAAAUGGGCGACGUGGGUUACCCACUUCCGGCACGUUCAGGUCGUCGGUUUUUGCCGUUGCCCAUGUUCGUGGGGUUGUUUCUUGUGUUUACUUUGUUGCUAAAUAGCAACUCAGUUUCUUCAUACUCAUCAGGAGGAUACUGGGAUUUUACCUGCAACAAUUCCAUAGAUAUGGAAAGAGGGAAGUUGGGUCCUAAAAACCCUGGUGUAUGCUCGGAGGAGGCCAAACAUCUUCCAGUUUGUGAAUGUGGAUUCAAAAUGUUGGACUCCUGCUUCUUGAGUAAGACUAAGAUGCUUGAAAUCGAAAAGGGAGCAAACGACUUUAACAUACCUAUAAUCAGAUCCAACCGAAAGUUAGUUGCCACUACUGAUGGAGGUCUGCAUAACCCUUCUUGUUUAGUCUUCAAUUCUGCAUGGAAGGUCCAACAACUAGAAAAUGAUCCAAACAAAAAGCUCAAUUAUCCGUCACCUGCUGCUGGUAUAGAAAGACCAAAAAGUGAUGAGGAUAUUGCAUUCAUGAGUAUUCUUGAACUUGGGCAACUUCUCAAGGCAAAUCUAAUCACAUCAGUGCAGUUGACUGGAAUUUUCUUGAAGAGACUGAAGAGGUAUGGUCCUGUCCUUGAAUCCAUCAUUACAAUUACUGAAGAAUUAGCAUACAAACAAGCAAAAGAGGCUGAUCAACUGCUUGCUGAAGGCAAAUAUUUGGGUCCUCUUCAUGGUAUUCCCUAUGGUCUAAAGGACAUCAUAGCAGUACCCAACUAUAAGACAACAUGGGGUUCAACAUCUUUUAAAGACCAAGUUCUUGAUAUUGAAGCUUGGGUCUAUAAGAGGCUGAAAUCUGCCGGAGCAGUUCUUGUUGCAAAGUUAGUAACUGGUUCUUUAGCAUAUGAUGAUGUCUGGUUUGGUGGUAGAACAAGAAACCCGUGGAAUAUAAAGGAAUAUUCUACGGGUUCAUCAGCAGGGCCUGCUUCUUGCACCUCAGCAGGUUUGGUUCCAUUUGCAAUCGGUUCAGAAACUACCGGCUCUAUCACCUAUCCAGCUUCUCGAUGUGGCGUGACAGCACUGCGGCCCACUUUUGGAGCUGUUGGUCGAACGGGUGUUAUGAGCGUAGCUGAAAGCUUGGAUAAAUUAGGCCCUUUUUGUAGAAAUGCUGUGGAUUGUGUGAUUGUUCUGGAUACCAUUCGGGGAAAGGACCCAGAUGAUGUUUCAUCCAGAGACAUACCCUUUAGUGAUCCAUUCUCAGUUGAUAUCACAAAACUCACUGUUGGAUAUCUUGAGGAUGCUGAGAUGGAAGUUGUUCAUGUACUUCAAUCAAAGGGAGUGAAUAUGGUCCCUUUUAACCUAAGUUACACUGUUGAUUCUGCCCAAGGUAUCGUCAAUUUCACAAUGGAUGUUGAGAUGCUGGCUCACUUUGACAAAUGGCAGCGCUCAGAUCUGGAUGAUGAAUAUGAAGCCCAAGAUCAGUGGCCUAUUGAACUUCGCCGAGCACGUGCCGUAUCUGCGGUUGACUAUCUUCAGGCACAAAGAGCUAGAGGUAAAUUGAUUCAGCAAGUGAGAGAAAGUUUCAAAGUUGACGCGUUUAUUGGAAAUGCAACUGAUUGGGAGAAAGUUUGUGUUGGCAAUCUUGUGGGUAUCCCAGUAGUAGUUGUUCCAACAGGAUUUAAAAAGAUAUCUGAUGCACCAUCAAAUGAUACUCGCAGGAGAACAACAAUCACUACAGGCAUAUAUGCUCCUCCAGACCGUGAUCAUAUCGCAUUAGCUUUAGCAAUGGCUUAUCAAUCAGUCACCAAUCAUCAUAAACAGCGGCCACCAAUUGAUGACCUUGGGCCGAAUGAUUCUAUACCAGACACACAAAAAUCCCUGUAGCUGCAAGAAAACUAGGGGUUUGUAGGUUCUUGAUUCUCUCAAGUGCUUGAUAUUGAUCUGCAUUUAUGCUUGAACCUGUUGACUCAGACCAAUUGUUGUAGUAGUUAUAACUAUGGAAAAACCGGAUCACAGCUCUUGUUUGGGCCAUGAAGAAGAGAGAGGUUCUGUCUACUGCUCCCUCUCAUUGUGGCUA